ACGUGAAGUUGUAUAGUUCACCAACUCUUCCUCUGUUAGUAUCCCCUAUCUACCUGCAUAUAUACAUAUAAUAUAUAUCAUAUUCAAGAAGAAGAAAAAUAACAAAGGUUAGAACAAGAAAAAAAAAAUGAAAGAAAUUGAAGCUAGAAGUGAAGACAUGGACCACGAAAAACCCACAGUUUGUGUUCUUGAUGCAUCAACUUAUGUGGGAUUUUGGAUUCUUAAAGGAUUGUUAUCUAAAGGGUAUACAGUUCAUGCAGCUAUCCAAAAGAAUGUGGGUUUUUGGUUUGAUGCAGGAGAGACAGAGAUAGUGAAGAAAAUAAGGGAUAUGGAGACGAUAGAGGAGAGACUAAUGGUGUCUACUGUGGAUGUCUUGGAUUAUCAUAGCAUUCUUGAAGCAUUAAAGGGCUGUUGUGCUUUGUUCUGCUGUUUAGAUUGCCAAGAUGGGUAUGAUGAUAAAAUGGUGGAUUUGGAGGUGAGAGGAGCAAUCAAUGUGGUAGAGGCAUGCGCACAAACAGAGACUAUAGAGAAGAUUGUGUUCAAUUCUUCUCUAACUGCAGCAAUAUGGAGAGAGAAUAUUUGCUCAGAAAAGGAUGUAGAUGAAAGGUCAUGGAGUGAUAAAGAAUUCUGCAGGAAAAAGAAGUUAUGGUAUGCACUAGUAAAGACACUCUCAGAGCAAGCUGCUUGGGCUCUAGCCAUGGACCGAAUGCUUAACAUGGUGUCUAUAAAUGCCGGGCUAGUUCUUGGACCUGCCAUUGCUCAAAAGAAUCCCCGAGUGACAAUGUCGUAUCUUCAAGGGGCAGCGCAGAUGUAUGAAAACGGAGUCCUAGCAAUAGUUGAUGUGAACUUUCUAGCAGAUGUUAAUAUUCGUGCUUUUGAGGAUCGGUCCACAUGUGGGAGAUACUUUUGCUUCAAUAAAAUUGUGAAUUCUGAACAAGAAGCUGUGAAACUUGCAGAAAGCUUGAGUCCUUUGAUCUCCUUACCACCUAGGUAUGAAUGCCAAGGAAGGGAAGUGUAUGCUGAGAAAUUAAGGAACAAGAAAUUAAACAAGCUGGUUGAAGGCACUGUCUAUUAGCAUCAGCCAUGCCAUAUUACGUGCAUUUUCUUUUUCUUUUUUUUUCUUUUUUGUUUCUUUGCUAUUUGUUAUGUAUGCAAAUAUCAUUAAUGAUCUUAAGGCUUGGUAAUUGUAACAUCUCAGGUUGAGACCCGACCCUUAUUCAUAUAAAGAUGGUUGUAUUAAAAAGGUUUUCUAUCAAAAAUUGGACUUAGCUUGGAAA